AUGUUACCCAUAUUACUGGCUUUUCUACAAAUCCCUUCCUCAAUAAUAGCAUUCUCGAAUGGAACGGAAGAUGAUCGUCGAGUCCAUUGCCCACGACCAGAACAGGCUACUAGCAGUUGUGAUGCUCCUAAUUUCUUCACAUACAGCGUAUGCUGCGGUGAUGAGAAUAUGUUCUGUUGUAUGCGCUUACAAUUACAUAUCGUUAUUGGUACAGCUAUUAUUCUUCUUGCGUUUCUAAUCGCUUUGGUCACAUGUUUUGUGCGUUGGAUCUGCCGAAUAAAGCGAAAAGGACAUCAAAGCUACGAUUUUUCGUAA